AUGUCGAUGCCAAUUACCGACAAGGAAUUGCCAGAAACCUUAGUGAUGGAAAUCCUUUUGAGGCUUCCCGUUAAAUCUCUAAUGAGAUUCAAGUGUGUUUGCAAAUCUUGGUGCUCUUCUUUCCAAACCUCCUAUUUUAUCACCAACCAUAAAAACGACAACCUCAAUCUCCUCUUCAAGGGUUUUUUCGGGGGUUUUAAGGUCCCUCACCUCUCCCUACUUUCAACUGAAACAGAAAGUAAGAAACAUGGUGGACCUAAUGUCGAGUUUAAUUUGAAAAUCAAAGAAAAUAUCCGUAUGCCUGUCUCUAUCUGCAGCGGCAGUAGGUCACGACUCACAGUGUCUGGUGUAUGUAAUGGCUUGCUUUGUUUGCAUGAUGGUUAUAGGAUUAACCUUUGGAAUCCUUCCACGAGAGAAGUUAAGCUUCUUCCUGAAUCAACUAUCUCUCUUCCCCCUUCCGUAGAUAGUACUUAUUUUUAUUGCAUGGGGCUCGGGUUUGAUCGUAAGUCAGAUGACUACAAGGUUUUAGUGAAUGUUGUUAAUCGUGUCCACAAUGAAGAGAGAAUUAUCGCGUUCAAAUAUAUAAGUCAAAUUCAUUUAUACAGCCUAAGUACAGAAUCUUGGAGAGAAAUUCCUCAUCCUAAGGUCUCUUUUGAUCGUCUUAAGUAUUUGUUUAACAUUUACAUAAAUGGAUUUUGCCAUUACAUAAAUGGAAUUUGCCAUUGGCCAGCGUUUGAUGAUAGUGGUGAUCUAAUUCUUUCUUUUGACGUGGCUGAAGAAGUUUUCUCGACAUCAUGCCUGCCGAAUUUCGGUAUGUCUAAGGCUGAGUGUUUUUGGUAUAUAGCUUCCUUCAAUGAAGCUCUUGCUACAAUUGUUCAUCCAAUAAGAGGCAUGGAAAAAUGCUAUGACAUUUGGGUCUUGAAUGGAUAUUUAUGGACUAAACAACUUACAAUUGGGCCUAUUCUUGGAGUUGGGAGGCCGUUGGGAUUUUGGAAGAAUGGAGAAUUGUUUCUGGAAAGUGAAAACCAUGACCUAGUUAUGUUUGAUCCUUGCACUGGAGAGCUUCAGGAUUUUGGAAUCCACAUGCCAAUGUGCAGUACGCAGCUAGUUGUUUAUGCUGAAAGCAUUGUUCCAAUCAAGGGAAGUUCAGAAUAUAAGGCAAAUAUAACUCGUGAAGUGAAGUUGCCAGUGAAGAAAUUAGUUUCCACUGCUUCAAUACUAUUGUAUUGA